GCAGCGUGUGUGCGCGCGGGGCCGAGCGAGAGGGACGGCGCUGCCUCAACCCCGGCAGGAACCUGAUGGAGACGCCUGUGCCCCAGCCAGAGAAUCACACCUGGAGUUGCUCCUGUACAGCCAAGGGAAGAUACAAAGCUCACCGAGGUGGAACUGCAACAGGGCUGGCAGCCAAAGUGGGCGAAAUGCUAAGCUCAUCUGUUUCCAGCUCUCCCCUGACCUUGGUGGGUCACACAGCACGGCACCUGAGCAGCUCGGACAGCGGCCCGGGUAGCAACUUGAACUUAAGUAGGGACCUAGUGCAGCGCAGCCUGGUGCUCUUUGCCGUGGGCACUUUUCUUGCGCUGGUGCUGAACUUGCUGCAGAUCCAGAGGAACGUGACUCUCUUCCCUGAGGAGGUCAUCUCUACGAUCUUCUCCUCCGCCUGGUGGGUGCCCCCGUGCUGUGGGACAGCAGCAGCUGUUAUUGGCCUGCUCUACCCUUGCAUUGACAGCCAUCUUGGUGAACCACACAAAUUCAAACGAGAAUGGGCAAGCGUAAUGCGAUGUAUUGCUGUCUUCGUCGGCAUUAACCACGCAAGUGCUAAAUUGGAUUUUGCAAACAAUGUCCAGCUCUCCCUGACCCUAGCAGCUUUGUCUCUAGGCCUCUGGUGGACAUUUGAUCGUUCGAGAAGCGGUCUGGGUCUCGGAAUUACCAUUGCUUUUGUAGCUACUCUGAUUACACAAUUUCUGGUCUAUAACGGAGUUUAUCAGUAUACAUCCCCAGAUUUCCUUUAUAUCCGAUCUUGGCUACCAUGUAUAUUUUUCUCGGGAGGUGUGACUGUAGGAAACAUAGGACGGCAACUUGCUAUGGGUGUUCCCGAGAAGCCUCACAGUGACUGAACGCCCGGAUCCGUACUGUCUUUGUAAAAGCAGAAUAAGGAUCGGUUCAAGCUAGGAUUUUUCUUCUUGAAUAACCAGUGUGAGUUGCCUGCACCGGGGAAGAAAAUAACUCACCAUAAAGUGGUCAAGCACUUACCUUGAUUUAUUUCUGAGAAUUUCCUGGGUUUGACUGUUUGGUGGAAAAAGUUCAUCACAGACUUCAUGCGCAGCAAGCCUAUUCUUCAUGGCUGUUCUCCCAGGUUCUUGAAAUUGCUGCCAUUUUUCAAAGCCUUGAAGCAAAUCUUAAUUCUACAAGUACCCAAAAGACAGUUGCUUGGUAUGGCACAGUGGAGUAGUAGAAUAGUAUUUGUCCAAGUAUCGUUCAUCAUAUGGUUACCUUUAAAAUGAAGGGGACUGGAAUGAAAGGACCAUUGUUGUAUGAAGGAAUAAUGGGCCAGGCCUUAGAGAAGUUCUUUGCAGGCAGGGCUAGCACAGGAAUACUACACUGAUUUAUGUCUUAAACAUCUGGUUUCUUGAGAUGGGGAGCAAACCAUCUUGAAAACCAACAGUAAGUUUGUCAGCUGCUCAGCUGUUUUAUGGCUCUCUAUAUCACUUCUGGAAACACACAGCCAAAAUUUACUUUUGUUCCAAAAGAUAUGCCACUGGGUCUCUGUUAGAUGGGUCCUGAAGAACUUUACCAAUAAGUGUGCCCUCAUUAUGCUAUGCCGGUGAAGAGGAGAACAUUUUUAUUGGAUACCUGUUGAGUGUUCUGGGAAUCUGCCAGGUUCCAGGGCUGAAACAGGACUUGCCAUGAAAGGAACGGGGCAAGCUAAUAGUGUUACUUAAAGUCUCUUGUAAACGAACUCUUGUCUGACGGAGCAUUUCUGAAGAGAUCACUUUGUGUUCUUGUUUUUGCAAAUUUGCAGAACUUGCAAUCUGUGAUUGCUUUAUAAGGAAGAGUGCUAAUGUCACUGCAUUAAAUACCUGGUGUUCUCAACUAGUUCCAUGGUGAGCACAAUAGUUAUUUUAAUACCAUAGACCACCACUGACCUAACGAGCAGGUGUUAGGUUUUCCAAUUUAAAGUGCAAUGUACAGUUGAAAGGAAUCUGAGCCUUGUAGUAUUCUCUUUAGUAUCUCCAGUGAACGAUGAAUAUUAAAGAGAAAAAGUUUUGAACUCAUUUAAUGCUUCAUGAAAGCAAAAGUCAGCAAUAAUUUCACUAGUAUUGCUAGUUAAACGCUUUUUAAAAGGAAUACUCCACUCCUGUGGCUCUGAUACAAAAGUGACCUUGUGCUGCACCACCAUUCAACUUUAGGCACUUUUAUUUCCAGCCUUGUUCAGCUUCCAGCCCAAUCAGAAGGUUAUGUUUUAGAUCAGGGAUAGGAAGCGAUGGAUCUCCAGAGGAUUGCUGAAGCAAUUCCCACCAUCUUUAACCAUGCUGUCUGGUGCAGGUGGGAACCAAGAGCCCAAAACAUCUCUGGAGUCACUGGUUUCCCUAUGAGUUUUAGAUACACUGAAGAAUCUUCUCCAGGUGUUGUCCCAAAACAGCAAUUCUCAACCUGUGGAUCCUUCUCCAACUUUAUUUUCUGACCUCCCCCACUGAACAGCUGUUUGGGAUAUGGGGACACAAAAUCCUUACAAACAGCUCUAGGGAUGCAACUGUGGGUGGAAGUGGGCUAGGACAUUAACCCACAGUGGUGUUGGAGGAAGACUUGGGCUCCCUUCUUAAACUAUAACCAGCUCAUGGUGAAUACGACAGUGGAGGUGGGUUCGCUUUGCUGCUCUGGGCAGGUGGCUCUGCCUGGAAUUCUAGGCUCUUCUGCCCUCCUGGGGGCAUUAAGCCUGAGAUGUCGGUGUAGAUUUCCUGUUAGAAGUAGAAACUAAAUUCAGGUGCUAGAAAGAGCCUGCCACAAAGGGAAGGCUCGUUUUCUAAAUUCUAGAAUCAUUGUCUUAUUUUGGACUGAACUAGGGACGAUUUCGGAGAUCCCCUCUGCUACUGUUCAUGGCGCAGAAGCUCUCAGAAUGCAUCUACCCAGCAUGUUAAUGCAACGGAGGAGGAGAGAGAAGGCAGUAACUCCAGAACAGUUUCUCUUCUACCUGCUCUUUAAAGAAGCAAGCAGAAAGGACAGAGUUCAAAGGCUACAUAGGCAGAUGGGGAUAGGGUGAUGUUUCCCACUCCUUGGCUUGACUAGGAAAACAUUUCAGAGGUGGUUGUUAUCUUUGAAUGCUUGUGGAUCAUCUCCAAAGCAAAUUUUUGAGAAUUUGCUCACCUCUGCAUCAGACAUGCUUGGAAAGCAUUUUAAUGCUUAAUCAACUUUUUUGUUUGUUUUUCCUUACAUGAAGUGGAGGGGGGAGGCUUCAAGCAGUAAGGAAUAAAUGACUUAUUCUGAAGAGGUUACAUUGAAGUCUGUGGUAUUACUGAAUAGUAAAUUAUAGGCUGCAGCUUUAAAGCCUGGCUUUGUCAUUUUUCACUGUUUCUUUAAACAGUAUUAAUUCACUUCUUAUAUAAUCCAGUUUUAAUGGUAUUACCUGAGUAUGCCUCCGUAAAAUGUACGUGCAAGACAAAAGCCACUAUAUCCUCUAAAUUUACUUUUGAGUUUGAGGUUGCACAAGGGGAAAUGACUACCUUCCUAUGAUACCUUCCUACUAGAUGUAACUAAAAGUGGACAAUUACAACUGUAAAUAUGUAAUCAUGAAGUCAGAUAUUUUAUUUGUAAAGUUUGUCAGUCUGUGUUUUGAAAUGACAGCCAAAAUAUGUUAGAAGUUCAAUCUUGCCAAUACUUGUAAGUAUGUGAACCAAAGUGAUCAGAGUUUGUGUUACAAAGAAAGGUGUGUUGCGGGGGGCGGGACUUGCACUAUAUUCCAGAUAAGAAUCCUUUGAUUCUCAAACUUGGUAGGUUUUUCAACUGUGUGUAUGUGUGUGGGUUUUUUUUUAAUCCAUUAAAGGUUUUGACCAUUUA